CUACAGACGUAAGAGUUAAUUGCUUACAAGACUCUCGCUUUAACAAUACAUAUACCUACUUUCGUUCAUAUCAACAUCCAAGAUAUCAACAUCCAAGAUGAAGGUCUCCGCUGCCCUCGCUUUUGCUACCACUGCUCUGGCUGCUUCUCUGCAGAGGCGCCAGUCUCAAGAUUACGACAUUGUCAACUUCGCAGCUGACUGCAUCCCCCAUAGCACGUACUGCUCUUAUAACUUCAACGUUGUCACCAAUCCCAUCUUUCCUUUGGAUACAUGCAGUGCUUUUGUGCAAGGCCCCGACGUCUUGCCCGAGAUCACAGAUGGGAAGUGCAACAACACGGCUUACACGUGGACAACGACCAAGGCUUCAGAUGGCAGCAUCAACUUCGCCAUCUGGUACCCCUUUAACUCGCGCUCCAACAUCACCUACUGCCACACCAUCCCCACCAGCCAGAUCACCACACAGAACAACGGUGCGGUGAGCACUCAGCACUACACCGGACCAAGGAACUUCACGGCUUCCAUCUUAGACUGCGUUCCUCCGACUAUUAGCUCAUAAGCGCUUUAAUGGGUGACUCGAUGGAAAAUGUUAAUGUAUAUAUUACUCUUAAAUAGACUACUAGAAGCUGGUGAUAAUGUUUUAAGCUACUCGAAAAUAUACCUAUUUUCCGCCAUUUGUGCCAAGCCAAGAAGUUAUA